GUUGCCACGAAAGGAGGUUGCUUAGAAUGGCGGUGUUCUCGGUUGUCUGCGCUUUGGCGUCGAUCGUUACUUGUACGAAUGGGUUCCCGCUCUACUUGUCACAAUUUGGCUACCUCAGUGCGAAGUACCGGAAUCCAACCAGCGGGAGCCUGCUGGAGAAGGAUACCUGGGAGAAGGCAAUCAUGGAGUUUCAGAGCUUUGCCGGCCUCAACAUAACCGGCGAGCUGGACGGCGAAACGAUGGAGCUCAUGUCACUGCCACGGUGCGGAGUUCGGGAUAAGGUCGGAUUCGGUUCGGAUUCCCGAUCGAAACGGUACGCCCUCCAGGGCAGUCGGUGGAAGGUGAAAGCGCUUACCUAUAGGAUAUCGAAGUAUCCGUCGCGGCUGGAUCGCGCCGAAGUAGAUAAGGAAAUAGCUAAGGCUUUCUCGGUGUGGAGUGAGUACACCGAUCUGUCGUUCACGCCAAAGAAGAGCGCCCCAGUGCACAUAGAUAUUAGGUUCGAGGUUAACGAGCACGGCGAUGGUGAUCCGUUUGAUGGCCCGGGCGGUACCCUGGCGCACGCUUACUUCCCGGUUUACGGAGGGGAUGCUCAUUUUGACGAUGCGGAGUUUUGGACGAUUGGAAAGAGUCGGGGGACGAAUCUGUUCCAAGUUGCUGCUCACGAGUUUGGUCACUCGCUGGGGUUGAGUCACUCGGAUGUGCGGUCGGCCCUGAUGGCACCGUUCUACCGGGGGUACGAUCCGGUGUUUCGGUUGGAUUCCGAUGACAUUCAGGGAAUCCAAAGUCUCUAUGGACGCAAAACCGGUGGAAGCUCCAGUGGCAGUGGGUUCAACCCACCCCGAACAACAUCACGUCCAGUGCAACGAGAUCCAGACUCCGAGCUGUGCUCCUCACCCAAGAUCGACGCCAUGUUCAACACCGCGGAUGGCAGUACGUACGCCUUCAAGGGGGACAACUACUACAAACUGACGGAGAAUGCCGUAGCGGAGGGUUAUCCAAAGAAAAUUGCCGAAGGAUGGCCUGGACUACCAGGAAACAUCGAUGCCGCUUUCACGUACAAAAAUGGGAAGACGUACUUCUUCCAGGGGACCAAGUACUGGCGGUACUCCGGCCGACAAGUGGACGGAGACUACCCGAAGGAGAUCAGCGAAGGAUUCACCGGUAUUCCGGACCAUCUGGACGCUGCUCUUGUUUGGGGCGGUAACGGCAAAAUCUACUUCUACAAGGGUAGCAAGUUCUGGCGGUUCGACCCGCUGAAGCGGCCGCCGGUCAAGUCUACGUACCCGAAACCCAUCUCCAACUGGGAAGGGCUGCCCAACAACAUUGAUGCUGCGCUGCAGUACACCAAUGGCUACACUUACUUCUUUAAGGACGACAAGUACUAUCGGUUUAACGAUAGGACGUUCUCAAUUGACCAAACAGACCCACCAUUCCCACGGCCGGUGGCGCACUGGUGGUAUGGCUGCAAGAAUACCCCCACGACUUUCGACACGUUAGGUAAUGUUAAAGCAAUUAAGAAUGAUGAAGACCAGCACGACAAUGUCGCCGAUGAUUUGAUUUUGGAUGCGGGUGAGUGAAACCGACCUUUCCUG